AUGACCUAUGAGAUGAAUAGGCGCUUGACCCUUGAGGAUUUGGAAGACUCAUGGGACCAAGGGAUUCCACGUAUUAACACUUUGUUUCAGAAGGAUAGACACACUUUGGCUUAUGAUAAAGGAUGGAGGGUACGUUUAGACUUCAAGCAGUAUCAAGUUUUAAAACAAAAUCCCUUCUGGUGGACACACCAGAGGCACGAUGGGAAGUUGUGGAACUUGAAUAAUUACCGAACUGAUGUUAUUCAAGCUCUUGGAGGAAUUGAAGGAAUUCUUGAACACACUUUAUUCAAAGGAACAUAUUUUCCAACUUGGGAAGGUCUCUUCUGGGAAAAAGCAUCAGGUUUUGAGGAAUCUAUGAAGUAUAAGAAGCUCACCAAUGCACAAAGAUCUGGUCUCAACCAGAUACUCAACUGUAGAUUUACGCUUUGGUGGUCACCAACCAUUAACCGAGCCAAUGUUUAUGUUGGUUUCCAGGUGCAGCUAGAUCUGACCGGUAUUUUCAUGCAUGGGAAAAUUCCAACUUUGAAGAUAUCUCUUAUUCAGCUAUUCAGAGCUCACUUGUGGCAGAAGAUCCAUGAGAGUGUUGUCAUGGAUCUUUGUCAGGUACUGGAUCCGUUAGAAGAAGCCUUUCGCCCAUGGUUCAGAUUUAUUCAGACUGGUUUCAAUGGUUUAGUUGUGCAGUAUCUGUGA